AUGUCUGAUUCAACACCCCGUAUAGCUGACAGAAGAUGCGAAGGUGGGGAUAAGGCGGAUCUGGAUGCCCUGGUACGCCUCUUCAAGGAGUUUUCUCAGAGGCUGGAUGACAUCAUGUCCGUCAAGUCGGACUCCAUUCAUGGUGAACCAGACCAUAUCCGUACAUCCGACAGUACUGCGGAGCACGGUAACCAGAGGCUGCGCUUGGAGGAUUUUGAGAGUAAAAUGCGGCAGCUAAGCGAAGUUGUGAAAGGGAUCGCUGACGCCGUCAAGGAUCUUAGAUCGGCAUUCCAUCUAAUCAACGUGGCACUCGGACUCUGCGCUCGUUUGACUCGAGUUUCCCGGCUUGUGCCUGUCAUUGCCUUCCCGUCGGGGCUUAAGGGAGGGGAGGAGAGUAAUUCGCAACUGCUAGCAACUAAACGACGCCAAACUGCGUCACAAUUUCCCGGGGAGGACGGGUUGACUCCAGGAGUUCCCCCAUUUCGAAUGGAGGAUCUUCCUGAAGAGUUUGAGAAGCUCGCACGCGGUGUUGACGUGUUCAAUGCAGCUUUGAAGACCCUUCCUGGCUGUCAUGAAGUCCCAGUCUACAUCGCGCGGGGCGUUGACUCAUCUUUAAUGGAUCUGACACAAGACCUGAGAUAUUGGUCUCGCAACCUGCACGACUUUGAAGGGAGGAUCCAUACCGUUGUCGUGCGGCAACAUGUUGGCGCCAUAGCAGAUGAAAUGACACUUCAUUUGACUACCGUGAUAGACGCGCUUAGGAAUUUUAUCCGCUUGGGUUUACCUACCAUCCUUCGGUCCGAACGACAGGAAACGUUUCGAAACCUAUCGACGGUUGCAACCCUCUUCGCUAGCGUAUCUGCAUCGACUAUCCAGUUCAGGCGAGUCACCUUUCCCCACCUUUGUGGCGCAACAAAUUAUGGAGCAACCAAUACCAGAGUCGCGCAGGCAGUCAAUCUAUUUUGGCUCACCUCACUGGUUUUCUCCAUUGCUAGUGCAAUUAACAGUCAACUUAGUUAUCAGUGGUCUUCAACAGUAUAUGCUACUCCGAUUUCGGCACUUCCAUGGUGGGCCGCCAUGUGGAUCCUCAGAGCGCCAUUAGCCUUCCUAGUUGUUUCGGUGAUUUCCCAUGAGCCGUAUAUUCCCAUCUGUGUCACUGCCGCUUCUGCGAUCUCUGCAACGGCACUUCUUUUCAUUAGCGUCUGGUUCAGCGCCGAUUAUUAUGCCUUCAAGAAUAGAAAGAAGACGGGGCUUCACGCGGUGGUUAGGUUUUUCAACUAUGCCACCCACCCUGUUCGGUUCUGGUUCCGGCGACAUUGGAGGUGGUUCGCAUUGGUAUUCAUAACUUGCGUUCUCCCGCUGGCCUUAGUUUUACUAUUCCUCUUCCUUCUUUAUGACAAAUUCGAAGUCGAGGUUGACCAGGCAUGCAGGUGGACCCAGGAACUGUUCCGAUCAAUCCCAACUCACUUCAGGCAAACUGGACGUCAAUUUCUGGUUUGGUGGCGAGGCCAGGCAUCCGUUCUCCCGACCAUGUCAUCUGAAAGAGAGCCUGAACUUACAGAAGGAGGCAACGCGGGCCAGCCGCAAACAAGGUUCGGCACAGCACGUGGUUUUGGUGUAAAAACCCAUGCACCAAAUAAAUUCCAGGAAGGUCAAGAGGCAAUACGGCGCAGUCGGGAGCUACCGCCUAAGAUUCAGAGGUUCCGCGAAGUAAUAGUUAAAGUGAUCGAGAGGAAUCGCCUUUCCAGGAUAGAAUCGAUUGCUUCAGCUCUCAAGUCCCUGCAGCCAAUACAGAGACUAAAGGAGCACGCAGCGACGAUAUAUGACAUCAAGUUUAGGUCUGACGGACGAUACUUGUUUUUGUUGAAUAUCCAUGCCGAGACAGUAGCAACCUGUUCUGGGGACCAGACAGCGGUCAUAUGGGAUAUAGAGGACUCUCUGGAAGUCCGUCGACUGCAUUUGCAAAACACAAGCCAUCAAUCCUGUCUUGCCUGGCGGCCCAAUCAUCCCCACGUCACGAUAACAUUGGCAAAGGGAUACGUGAAUCGACCGUUUUUGGGCAGUGUACGAUAUCAUCGCAUUCACCGACAAGAUGCGUCAGUUCCGUGCAUCGCUUGGGUGCCAUCGGGUCUCUCCGGCCCACUUAUUUAUUCAGCGGGCACCUACAUUUAUCUGACGAGAGUAGACAUGAACGGGGACUUCAGACACAUCAUCCAAGCAUUUCCCCAGUUUCUGCGGGGUAAUCAAGAACUGUGGAGCGUGAACCUUGGUUAUACUCUCAAUGACAUGGCAAUCACCCUGGACGGAAAGAGGCAGGUCUCGCUCUGUGCAGCAUAUGGUGUCGGCACCGUAAAUUCUACUCCAGAUAAGGACCAAAUCAAACCUUCACCGAAAUCUCCUGUUGAACGGCGAAUCAUGAGAAAAAUUGAUCAUUUAGCAAGUCACUCUCUCACCCUAAUCGGUGCAUGCGAUAUCCCGACCUUUGAAGACGUUCGAAGAUUAAGUUUAUCUGCUUCAGGCGAACUGUUGCUUGUCACAUAUGAAGGGAAUAUUCCUCCCAAGCUGUUUCGCGUUUAUCCGACGUGGCUAGUCCACAUCCAUACAUUUUCUGCUCCAGAUACAAAGGAGAAUGCAGUUUAUGGUCAAUUUGGUAUUUCAGGACCAACAUCCGGGGGACCGGUGGAGGACCAGAUCAUUGUUUGUGCUAACAAAAGGGGUGACGUCUUCAUAUGGGAUUGCGGAACAUACCGCCUCCUUCAUACAUUUAACAUGGCCAUCCACCCGGACCACACCGUCACUGGAAUAGCAUUCACCAGUAGUAGGACUCACGAAGUCGAAGCCAGGUGGAUUAAGAAUGUCCGAUCAGUCCAGUCACAUUCCCGCAGGAUGUUGAGGGUCGCAAUCGCAUCCAGCGAUGGGGCAGUGAGUUUAUGGAGUUCGAUUUGGGAUCCCGAUGCUCCUGUCAUGCAAACUCCCCAAGAAUUGCCAGCCGGCUAG